UGGUCGGCUAACGUUUAUGCUAACGUUUUGCCAAAGAAAUAGUGCAAAAAUAGUGUUUUUCUUUCAGAUAAAUCAAUUUUUAAGUGACUGUCUACUUAAUUCGUUACAUUUGUUUUAUCAAUUGACUGUUAAAUUGGAUCACAGAGGAUAUUUCGCUUUCCUGACAGUGCAAAUCGUAGUGAAACAUCAUUGGCCUCGGCUCUUCCAUCAUAAGAAGCUCUUUGUAAGGUGUUAUUUUAAUUGACUUUAGGGUUGAAAUCUAGUUUGAAAUGUAUUUUUUUAAUGACAUGUUCAUUUCCCUAUCGCGGUAGUGUUUGAUAAACGAUUAUUUACGGCCGGUUAUAACAAAACUUUGUUAAUGGCGGCCAAUAUGCAUUUUGUAUAUAAACAAUUGAAAGUGAUAUGAAUAUCGUUAGAAUGGGUUCAUUGAAAAUGCGAGUACUGUGAAAAGCGAACUUUACCUCGAUAGAAUACUGUGAUGGAACCUGUACUUCAGAGACUGGGAGAUGUUACUAUCCAGAGACUCGAGAAGCCAAAGGAAUCUAAAGUGGAAGCACCAAACACCAGUGGUGCUCAAGAGAAACUUAAGUCUAAAGAAGAACAUGACUUCCCCGAAGAACCUUUUAGCCACUCAGAAGAGGAAAGUUAUGAUGAAUAUGAUGAUCAUUCUGAAGAUGAACUUGAGCACGAAGAAGUCCAGAAUGAGAAAAAUAAGUUGACUCCGGAUUUGAAGCGUGGUUUGCCCGAAGGUGCAAGAGAUCUAGGCCCGGAAAUAUCGUUUAAACGAUUUAAGGUGGCACCACCGCCAGAAAAACCUCUUGAGAAUCUAUUAGAUAAAAAUGUGUACAAAAAAAAUGACGCGUUAAGUGAGUUAAAUUUCAGUGGUAAUGAUUUAUCGGACUAUGAUUCUGAACUGGAAUCUGAAGGAGAGUUGCAAGAUCUGGGAUCAAAUAUUGGUCUGACUUUAGAUCAAGAAGAAAAAAUUGAAAGACCUGAAGCUGGUGUUGAUGCAGUAAACAAAGAUGAUGAACCUACAGAUGGCACAUCUUUUCUGGAAAAACUAGUUGAACAAGCUGAAGUUCCACCAAUUCCACCCGCUCCAGUAAUUAAAACUGAAGCUCCUGAUGAUGAUUACGACGUAGAUAUAAAAGAAAAACUUAAAGAAAUGGGGGAAAUCACUUUUGCAUCAGUGAAAAAGGGUGACAAGCCAAAGAAAUCUGAUACAUCUGAGAAUGAAGUAGUUAUAACAAAGAAAACUGGAGAAGAUGAAGUUACAGUGAUGAGUAAAGGAAACUUACGUCGUAACAUUCGGGAAGUAAUGGAUGAGACUAAAUUAGAUGAAUCAACGCUGGCUGCUCAGAGGCAGGAAGCUGAGAGAUUGAGGAGGGUGCAAGAACAGCAAAGGUUAUUGAGGGAAUAUCAAAGGCAAGCUCAGCAGGAGAGGAUGCAGCAGAGAGUUAUGUCCUUGCUUCAAGGAAGUAAUUUUCCUAAACCAGGUACCUCUAAUCAAACUAGAAUAGGAAACACAGUGUUAGUAAAACUACCAAAUGGACAAACAAAACCCAUGACCAAAGUUCCAAGACCCCCGUUUGAUCUUGUUAAGAUGCCAAAACCAGAUGGACCUCAUGGUAGAAUUCUUCCUCAUAGUCCUCUAAACCUACUGGGUGCUCCAAGAGGCUAUCCUAGGGGCAUGGCGCAGAGUAGGAAAGGUGUUAAUUUACCACCGUCGGUCAGUAUAGCCCCAGUUGGAAAGAGGGGACCACCUUUUAUGGAUAUUAAGCCUCACAGUGACAGUGAUAGCGAGGGUGAGGAUCUCAAGCCAAUUCAUCAUGGCAUGGCUAAGUCAAAAGGUAAAUCGACCGACACCAUCGAGGUAUCCUCCGACGACGACUGCAUUGUCGUGUCCGAGUCUGAAAGCCAAGACGACGAAGAAUCCGACGAUCCUAGCAACUCGGGGAUGCACACGAACGACGAAUUCAACCAGCCGGAUGAGCAGGGUCGGGUUCUGGUCAAUGUUGGCCAUGCUGAAGACGAGCCUGACGUCUUUGUGGCGCCGCAGAUCGGACGAAUCAUCAAACCUCACCAGAUCGGUGGAGUUCGGUUCUUAUAUGACAACAUAGUGGAGAGCAUUAAUAGAUUUGACAGUUCCACAGGUUUUGGCUGUAUUCUAGCCCAUUCCAUGGGCUUAGGCAAAACCUUACAGAUUGUUACAUUCUCAGAUAUAUUUUUGAGAUACACACCUGCCAAAACUAUCCUGUGCAUCAUGCCUAUUAACACCUUACAAAAUUGGAUGGCUGAAUACAAUAUGUGGAUUCCACUUGAAGAGGCAGCGCCUAAUAGUCCUUUAAAUGCACAUGGAGAAGUGAGACCGCGAAAUUUUAACAUUCACGUUUUGAACGACAUCCACAAAACUUUAAUAGCCAGGCACAAAGUGAUACACGCGUGGCGAGCCAGGGGUGGCGUCUUGUUAAUAGGUUAUGAGCAAUUUAGAUUGCUUAGUAUGAAGAAGAAUCCGAAAACCAGGAAAAAGGCCACGCCAAUGCCUGAAAUUCAUGACGAUGACAAAAACAAACCAAUUUUUGAUGAAAUCUACUCUGCUCUGGUAAAUCCUGGUCCAGAUUUGGUGAUUUGUGACGAAGGCCAUCGUAUCAAGAACUCUCAUGCCUCCAUUUCAGCUGCUCUGAAACAACUGAGAACUAAGAGAAGAGUGGUUCUUACCGGCUAUCCUUUACAGAACAAUUUAUUAGAAUACUGGUGUAUGGUCGAUUUUGUAAGGCCAAAUUAUUUAGGUACCAAAACCGAAUUCUUAAACAUGUUCGAACGUCCGAUCAUGAACGGCCAGUGCAUAGAUUCGACGGAGGCCGACAUCAAGUUGAUGCGCUACCGAGCGCACGUGCUCCAUUCCUUGCUGGUCGGUUUCGUUCAGAGACGGUCUCAUACCGUCCUUCAAACCGUCUUGCCUCAGAAAGAAGAGUACGUCUUGUUGGUGAGGAUGACGCCGUUCCAAAGGAAACUGUACGAGACGUUUAUGAACGAGGUGGUGCGGAAGCAAACGGUGCCGAACCCGCUGAAGGCUUUUGCUGUCUGUUGUAAGAUCUGGAAUCAUCCGGACGUGUUGUACAAUUUCUUGGUGAAGAGAGCCAAGGGUGAUGCGGUGGAUUUGGAUUUGGAGGAAGUCGCUAGUACAGUCAGUGGUGUGUCCACCACAACAGAAGCGAAAGCGAAGAAACCCCCACCAAAACCGAGAAAACCUCCCGCCAAAGGAAAAAACGGCAAACCAGCAGCCUCUAUCACUCCCUAUAACUCGGACGCCUCUUUAAACCCCAUGCAACCACCUAGUACUGCUCCAAACUCCAUGGCGCCUACUCCAGGCCCAACGACCAAUCAGUCACAGUUCAAUACCGGAAACACGUCAUCGUCUGUAUCAAACCCGCACAAAACUAGCGAUUCGAACUACGGGCCUUACAUGGACCAGUUCAAUCAGCCUAGGACGUCGUUUGAAGGGAUAUCUCAGCUCUUUGGUGAUCACAUGUCGUCGCAAAGAUCUUUCGAUUCGUUUGAGCAAAAUAGUCAUUUUUCGAAUUAUAAUAACUCUGCGAGUAAUUAUUCUCAGGAACAAAAUACUUCAGUGCAAAGUAGUAAUAACUUCGGGCCUCCGCAGAGUCAAGGUUUUCUACAAAACCCUAAUAACCCUACAAACGUUACUACCUUCUCGCCUAACCCCCAGUCGAACUUUAGUCAACAAUCGUCGUCUAAUCAGAUGAGUCUGCUGAAUUUAGAUAAUCAGAGCACGGUUACUGUUCAAAACACCACUCCGAAACCGAUUUUUCCAAAUCUGCCAUCUGGAAUUUCCUUGACGCCUUUGAGCAGUAAAACGCAGACUAAUACCCAGAGUUCUUCGGUCACGACUAAUCCGACGCCUUCGAACAGCGUUAUGGAUGUAAACUCGACAAUUAAGUCGAGCCAGUCUAGUUUUACGCCGCAAUUCAACAGUCAGAAUCAAGCGCAUCCUUCAGUUCAGCAGAAUAAUACUUUUGGUAAUUAUGACACGCCUAAUUUACAGGAUGGAUUUCGCGAUCAGAAUUUCUGGGAGAUGGACAAGAAACCGACAUUUAACCAACAAGGUAAUUUCUUUAACAAUCAACAAAAUUCCUUCACUCCAAACAUGCCUAAUAGCAUAACGAAUCAAUCUUGGAUUAAAAAAGAAGACAGUAAUUCCAAACUACUUACUCCGAAUUCACUCGUUAGCUCUCAAAAGUCCGACUCUAGCAUGGAAACCAAACCGAAAAUUAAUAUUAUUAGCGAUAUUAAAUUGCCGUCAGUAUUUACACCGGAAAAGAAGAUUAAAAUUAUUAGUGACAUUAAGAUUGAGCCAAAGAAAGAGGAGGACAAAGAUGAUAAGUUUGCUGUGAAGAAAGAGAUAGAAAAUAUUAAGAGUGAGGUUAAAAGCGAGGUGAAAACAGAGGAAGAGUUAAAACCUCCGGUAGAGAACGCGUUGUCGAAACUGUCAGCUUUGUCGAUGAAGGAUUCUAAAGAGGACGGGGGUAUUCCUUAUGAAUGGGCCCUUGAAUUGCUUAAAGAUUAUGUACCAGGAAAAAUCGAAAAUUCUGCCAAAAUGCAAAUACUGUUUUGCAUAAUUAAAGAAAGUAUAGCGUUAGGUGAUAGACUUCUUGUAUUUAGCCAGUCCCUUAUAACCCUAGAUUUAAUAGAACAAUUUCUUCAUGCCAGUGAGGUACCUGGAGAAACGUACAGAUGGGCGAAAAAUGUCAGCUAUUAUCGUUUGGACGGUUCUACUGGUGCUCAAGAACGAGAAAAACUCAUUAACGAGUUUAAUUCCAAUCCAAAAAUCCACGUGUUUUUGGUAUCGACCAGAGCUGGGUCGCUGGGUAUUAAUUUAAUUGGUGCCAAUAGGGUUGUCGUUUUGGACGCGUCCUGGAACCCUUGCCACGACACUCAAGCCGUGUGUCGAGUGUACAGAUACGGUCAAAGAAAACCUUGUUUCGUCUAUAGGUUGGUCGUGGAUAAUUGUUUAGAGAAGAAGAUCUACGACCGACAAGUCAGCAAACAAGGUAUGUCCGAUCGUGUGGUGGACGAAUGUAACCCCGACGCCCACCUGACAAUUAAAGACGUCAGCACUCUAUGUUUUGACGAGAAAUACGACGAGGGAGAAGUAAAAGACUGGUCUUCGUACAAAGACAACUACAUAGACGUCGUGCUGCAGAAAGUCUUGGACAGACACGGCACGACGCUCAACAAGGAACCCUUCCAACAUGAAUCUCUUUUGGUCGAUCGCAAGGAGAAGCAGCUCUCCUCGCAGGAAAAAAGGCUGGCGAAGAAAGGAUACGAGAGGGAGAAGAACGCCGCUAGGCAACCGUCGUAUCUUAUGGGUGCUGGUAGAGGUCACAGACCGGUUGCUUCUGUAAGACCGAUGCAACAAGGCGAGCGACCUUCUAGAUGGAUCCCAGCAGAACACUGGCAACGUCAAGGCAUGACGGCCCAAGAAAUGACCCUCCCACUCGACGUAGUCAUUCCUACAAACCAGCCCGAAAAAGGAAACAUAGUUCUAAAAGCCGGCCAGAAAGUACUGGUCCUCAAGAGCCCCAAGGGCGUUUACAUGCAGCUGGAAAGCGGCAAGAUCGUAGCCAUAAAGACCGCCAUAAAAGUAAAAGGAAAAGCUGAAGAAAACGAACACGUCAAACUAGGAAAAGCCCCUAACAUGCCGCCUCAGAUUAAAAACAACGCUCCCAUGUCGAUGAUGAAGCAGAACCGACCAAUGAAAUCGCCGUCGCAUCCGUCGCAAGUUCCGUUUAACUUUGGCAUGACGAAAUUUAAUAUGAAGAGCGUGCAAAAGAACGUUCCUAAUUUGGUUUCGAAGAUCCAGAGCGUGACUAAGAAAGUACAAAACAUGCCGACCAGGCCUAAGUCUUACCAGAUGGGCGUUGAUAUUGCUAAGCAGGUGAAAGAUGCGGCUAAUCUUCCUAGUAGUAGUAGCGAGGAUGAACAUCCGCAUCUGCAUCCGUCGCCGGAGAAGCCGCCGCAAAUGCAACCGCAGCAGCCUCAGCCACAGCCACAGCAACAACAGUCGGAGGAUACGGCGAACGAAAUACAAAAAAGAAUUUCACAGUUGAAUAAGAACAUAUCAAUACAGCGGGUAAAUAGCCAAGGUGUUAAGCAACCUUUGCAGCCUCUCCCGCAGCAACAACAAUCAAAUCCACAGCCACCUGCGACCGGCUUGCCACAACAAAAGACCAUUCCAAAGGAAGCACUGCAGCUUCCUAUGGCUAAACCCGCGCAACAGCCAACGCAAUCUCCAGGGAAGAUGAAAUCAAAACUGGACGAACUGACUCCUUUAGAACGAUUGGAACAGACCAGUCCUACGCCAUUCCAAGAAACACUGGACAGUAUUACCGCCAAUUUUAAGAACCCUGAUAAUUUAGACAAUUUAGAUACGGAUGACGAAGACGACGAGGACGAAGGCAGAGAACCCGACGACGAAAUGAGAUCGGACGACGAAGAGGAUGAUGAGAUGCCGGAUUCGCCUUUUGUUCGUCAAAAUAAGCAUUUGCUGGAUAUGUCCGAAAAUAACGACCACGAGCAGGAAGCUAGCGACCAAAGCGACGAAGUUACGUACGUUUCGGACCAAGGUUCCGAAUCCACCAACCAACAAUUCCAUCCGAACUCGACCCAACAACAAAAACAAUCCUCGGACAAUCCCGAAUACAACAGCACUACCGGUUACAACAAUACUACCGGCACCGGCUACUACAACUACAACACUCCUCCCUUCCAAGCCCCGCCUCCCCCUCAAGGCUACGCCUACCCCCCUCAACACCCUCCGCAUUAUGAGGGUUACACGGGGUAUCCUCCCCAGCCAUCCCAACCGCAUUAUAACUACAGUUAUCAGGGUUAUCCACCUCCUCAGCCGCAUUUUGCCCCUCCUCCACCACAAGGUAACUACGACUAUAGCAGUACCGCGCCGCCUCAGCCGAUGUAUCCGGGGUAUACUCCGUAUCCUCAGCAGUACCCUCAUCCUCCUCAGGGUAUGUAUCCGCCUCCGCCGCCGGCAGCACCGACGAGUUCUUACCCGGAUUACACGCAGUAUCCGAAUCAGAAUCCACCCGCAACUGGUUACUAUCCCAACACUUAAGUGCGAACUGUGUGAAACGUUUCGGUUAGAAAUAAAUGGUAUUAAGUUGAUGUCGAGGUAAAGUAUGAAUGUAGGAGGUUACAUAUCAUCCUUUCCCGUGUGAGUUUUGUUAGUGAUACUUUGAGACAAUUCUCUCGAACUGACCUCGUGAAGCUUGAAUAAGUUACGGUAGGAGACGAAUAUUAAGACUAAAAUGUUGAAUCAAUUGUAAGUUAUAAUAAUAAAUAAAUAAAAGUAAACGCGUGUUUAAUCUCUUGUAUUUAAACGGCAUGGAUACAAUGUUUAGAAUAAUUUCCUUAGAUACAGUUUUGUUGUUAAUUUAGUUAUCACUCCAAAUACUCUGCUUCAAAUGAAAAAUAUAUUUACAUUUCUGAACAUGGUUUUAAAAUUGAUAUUUUUUUAAAUUUUUUACUCAUAUACAGGGUGGUUUACAAUUUUCAUCCAAAUAUCGACUAUAAUAUUUGUUUGAAAAUUGGUGUCUAGGUGUUUUUUGAAAUGAGAAAUUUGAUUUCUAUUUCAACAGGACUUCUACUUGUAGGGGGUGCCACCUGCACGUUUCUUAACUGUUUCAAAGAGUAAUACAUUUUCUUCCGUAUCUGUAUUACAGUACUGGGUGAAAAAAUAUAUAGUAAACGCCGCGAAUGUUUGGGAGUGAUUCAUCGCUUGAUGAAGUUAGAAUCGACACGCGCGCUAUCAUUUUUACAUUAAAAACGUAAAUUUUUACCGCAGACGUAGGUUUUUAAAGGGCCGGUCUAAUCAUCUGCCUGCGCUCCUCCUACUUAUUCUAAAAGGUUAACGUGAUUGACAAAGGCGAUACAAUAUCGCGUUUCUUUGAUUGAUUCGUUUUUGUGCGUCUUUACAUUGGUGUGCUUGCAGUGCGACCAAUGGGGCAUUCCAUUUUAUA